UAUUUAUUUUUAUUCCUAUUUUUUCUCUCUUGUAUCUUGGAACUUGGAGGUUCUGCCUCAAAAUCCAGUUGAUGAUGUCGUUAGCAACUUUAUUUUCCGUCAGAAAAGAUGGAGAGGUGUGGGCGGAUUACUGAAACGAGCCUGGCGGAGCUUUUGGGGAGAAUUGAAAUGGAUGUUUGCUGCUGUUGAAACGCCCGUGAAUCUGCAGAGUUCAUCUUGUAACCAUGCGGAAUAACUAAUGCGUCUGUGUGUGUUAUUCCCGGGACGCACACACAUUUCCAUGUAAAUGAGGAGCGCUGCAGCGGCGCUGAUUUCUAAAACAUCUGGACGGAUUUUGAUUUCCUGCAGUUUUUUUAUUCAAUUAGGAGAUUUAAGAACUUUUUAUAGCUUAAUAAGAAGAAAAAAACAGAGACCCCAUUUUUACUAAAGUUAAAACCAAUUGAACUAUAAUAAUUUAAAAAAAGAUUCCCUUUGAAUUUUUUCAUGAAUGUGUUAUUUAUGAAGUUUCUCUGUUCCAGACACAUCACUUGUACAAAUAAUCACGUUUUUUUCUGCCCGAAUUCUGAUGUCACGCCUCAGAAGUGUAACAUCCUGCGCUCAGUAAUCCGUAAACCAGGUGGACCGAAUUAGUCGAAUAAGAGGAAACACGAGCCAAUUAACCUCAUCAACUUUUGACAACCAGGUCUGUAGUGCAACUUCCUGAAAAACAUUUGAAUGACAUUUAAUGUAAAAACAAUGUCAAACACAUUUUUACUUUCACUUUUUACUGGCCAACAGCCUUUUAUAAACACAACCAAGACCUGCAGUAAAUCUUACUGACUGAAUGUUCCUGGAUAUUUUGGACCGUUAUUAAUUCACUUUAUCAUCACUUUUAACUUCUUUUGGCAAUUCUAAUGAUUCUGGAACUUUUUUUCUUCAUAAUUUUCUCCAAACUUUGAACAUUUGAAACUUUUGAAACAGUGUGAUGAUCUUGAAGGAUGCUGUAACCUCUACUGACUUCACUGCAUUCCUUUUCAACGUCUCCAUCUCCACUGAAGCACGCGGCUGUUCACGGCUUCAAUCCCCUGCUUUGAUUCUGCUAGUUUCCACCUUGGAUUACAUCAUUUAAUUAAAUCUGCAAUACAGAAUUUUUCAUCACAGAAUGUGCUAAAAGUGGCAGAAUCAGUCUUAUUAAUGAGACGAGCUCAACCAGCUUCCAGAGGAUAGCGGGACGCGGCGUACGCCCCAUCCCGCACGUCUGAAAUCGAGUCGGGGGGCGACCCCUCGGCCCGACCCGCCGCCGCCAUGGUGAUGUCGCAGGGCACCUACACCUUCCUGGCCUGUUUCUCCGGCUUCUGGUUGGUCUGGGCCCUCGUCGUCAUGCUCUGCUGCUUCUGCAGCUUCCUGCAGCGCCGGCUGAAGCGGCGCCACGAGGAGCGUCUGAGGGAGCAAUGUCUGCGGACCGUCGAGAUGGAGCCGCUCGGCUGUCACCCCGGGGGGUACCCGCCUCCUCCGCUUCCUCCUCCGCCCGCCCAGCAUCCCCUCCCACCUCUACAGCUGCCCAGGGAGCCGCCGCAGUUCUGCCCGCCUCAAACGCUGUCGCCGCCGCUGCCUCUGCAGGUGCCUCAUCUCAUGCCGCAAGCCAACUGGGUCAGCAUGCCAGACACGGAGCUAUUUGGGAAACCCCCCUGCUACGAGGAGGCCGUCCUGAUGGAGGAUCCUCCUCCGCCCUACAGCGAGGUCUUGGCCGACCCGCGGGGGGGCACCUACCUGAAGCCGAGCCCGCUCCGAGCCGCGGCGCCUCCGCCUCCGAGGGAACACCAGGACCCUGCUCCCGUGUUCACGUCCGAGACCGGCAAGCCUCCCGUGGCGGCCGUGUUCCCCGAGCGAGGUUACUCCUCCCUGAUACGCCUGCCUUCGUCCCAGCGCUGGGACUCCCUGGGUCACCUCCUGUCCAACAUGGACCUGAACCACAACAACCUCACGCCGCCGGGGGCGCGCUCCAUCCAGGCUGCCGCCGCGAUGGCUACCAUGCCCCGCCGAGAGCCCAGGACUCACCACGAUGGACUUGGGCUAAGAGGUGGAAUACAAGGACUCCAAGGAGGCAUACAAGGACUCCAGGGAGGCAUACAAGGAAUUCGUGGAGGGAUACAAGGACUCCAAGGGGGGAUCCAGGGGUUCCAAGGAGGCUUACAGGGGCUUCAGGGAGUCCAUAGUCUGAGGGGACUGGAGCCCAGCUGUGGCCUGCCAACAGCCUUCCCCCUGCUGGGUCGCAGCACGGCGGUCUAGCCCUGGACGCCGGUGGGAGGAGUCUCACUCACCAAGACGUCGGUCCAUCUCUGGAGAGCCUUCAAAAGGAGGCGAUCGACACAGACAGACAGGAAGUCUUUGUGCCUCCUUUGCGGCGCCGUGUUUGCAGCGCUAAACCCCGCAAGUCGAGACUCAAUGCCCUGAAAGAGCGAACAACAAAAGAUGAGAAGAAAAAGAUGGUUAAAGGGCUGCGGAAAAGGCGCCGGGGGUUCAAUUCCCGGUGCAGCUCCGCAGGCGAAGGGCGCCCACUUCCUCUGCCGAGAUCGUGGCUUUCAGCUCCGUGUCGCGAGUCAAAGCAGGAGAUCACACGGCGUUGUUACCGAGGCGCCCCGGUGUCACGCCGACGCUAAUUGAGUCCAAGUUCAGAGGAGAAAAGACCGGUGACGUGGAUCAACAGCUGUUUCUCUACCUUUCAUCGAGACCCCCUUGGUUUUCAUCCCCCCCUCGCGUCGCCCCGCUCACGCUGUUCAUCCCCUCUUCUCGUCUCUCUGUGCAUGAGCCACCUAUUGUACCAGUCUGCCGUCGCCAUGGCUCCCGGGAACUGUCUGUUGCUCACGACGACCUCUCCUCUUUUUCUUUUUUUGUGUGCUCCGAUUUCUUCGGAGACUCUGUGCUCGCGAAAGAACACGAAGAAGACUCGGCCGCCGUCGUCCGUGGCGUUAGAGCCCGGAGCGGAACUGUAGAGGACCGGAAGCUCCCCGGAGGACCGAGUGGACUCGGGUUUCCUUUUCUAACGUGGCUGCUUUGUUGUUUGCGAAUGUCUUUAUUACAAACUGUUGCCGUUUUGUCUUCGAUCUGGAAGUUCACAGGACGGCGUCGGCGGAGGUCAUUUGAGCAAAUAACAAUUUUAUUGAAUGUACAAAUUUACAUCAUUCUUCUUCUUUUAAGCUUUGUGACAAAUGCCUUUUCUCUUGUGAAAUAAAACAUCUUCAACAGCGA